CUCCAGCAAAUGGAAACUUUGGCUGAUGAAGACACGAAAACAAGCAACAAGGAUAGAUUACUCAACAUUCGGUCUGAGAGAUGGCCUCUUGCUCUGAGUUUUGUGGGUCCAGUCACGUGGUCAACUCCGGCUGUCAUGUUUUCGGAGUGCGUUCUUAUUUGCACCACUUCUACGAGGAGUGCACAGCCUCAAUGAGGGAGCAGCAGGAGGACUUUCAGGACCAGAGAUCACCGCUGCGGUGGAGCUCAAGCUUCUGGAAGGUCACACUUGCCGUUGGUGUCAUGCUCCUGUCAUUGGGGCUGGUGGUCAUGACAGUGGGCUAUUCCAUCCCCACUCGCAUUGAGGCUUUUGGCGAGGGCGAACUGCUGUUUGUGGACCACCAGGCCAUACGUCACAAUCGCUCGCUACACAUAUGUGUGCUGGUCGGGACAGGGCUUCUCACUCUGGGUGGGGUUCUGAUGGCAGGUGGAAUCCUGAUGUCUAACUUCUCCAUAACUCCCACAAAGCAGGAAGACUCAAGAGGAGAACGGAAGAGGGGAACCAGGAGCCCAGCAGACCCUGUAAUGAAGCACCCCAGCCCAGUCUCUAGUGACGGAGGAGUAUCUCCUCUCACUAGGGACGAUAAGGUUCAGCAGUGCUCGUAAAAGAGGUGUGUGACAAUGCCCGUUCAAGAGUGCUGUCAGUGUGAUCAAAAAAAAGCUUGUGUAGAUUUGGGAGUCUUAUUUGUGUUUGAUAAUUAUAUGCUAAGCUAAUUAAAUUGACGUACUUGUGUCAUCUGUUGUCAAGCACAAUAAUUAUUGUCAAAAUAGUUUUUGUAUUUUUGUAUAUUACAGUAUUGAUCAAAUGAAGAGCCACCGAGUGGUUAAAGGGCAGUAAAAGAAAGUUCAGAAUAGUUUGGGGUCAGUAAGUGUUUUAUUUUAUUUUUUAAGAAAUUAAUACUUUUAUUUAUCAAUGUUGAUUCCAUCUGACGGUAAAGACUUUUUACAUUCUUAACUUUGUAUUUAUCAGUGUAUCACAGUGUCCAUGAAAAUAUGAAGCAGCACAACUGUUUUCAACAUUGCUGAUAAUAAUAAAUGUUUUUUUGAACAGCAAAUCAG